AUGUACAGGAGAAACAACGAUCCCGAGCCCCAGAUGGGUUAUCAUGCCUAUCCGGAGCCCACCAUGGACGAUCGUUACCUCGAGACGAUCCAUGAGGUAGAGUCUUUAUACAGUCGGAACAGUCGAAGGAGCAGUGUACACCAGGGUCUACCAGAAUUACCUUUUCGUGCUGUUCCGCCCACGUACGAGCGUGACUCAGUCUACUCGAAUGACCCUGUCUCCCCCGUUUCCUCCCACUUCUACCAGCAGCCUGCUACCGACCGCAAUAUUCAUAAUGAAAGGCCUACAUCUGAGCCCGAAUCUGUGUCGCCUAUAAGUAGCAAAGAGACGCUGCAUCUUCACACCGAUUCCAACAGCUCCCUGGUCUCUCCGAUUGAGCCUAACUUCCCCACUGCAGCUCAACAACCGCGAUCAGAGUCAGGAAAGCGGACCCAAAUUCCAAAGAGACUACCACUCCCAAUCGCCACCAACCUGAAGCCCGAGGAGCCGGCCAUCAAGAAGCGCUGGUCACACAAAGCAACGAAAAGUGGAGAGACAAGAUGGGAUGCGUAUUCAGGCGAACCUACAGAUCCUGACAAGGGAAAACCCUCGUCCUAUCGCUCAGCUGCACCUCAACCAGAGCCACAAUUCCCUCAAUUAAAGGAGAGGACGCGACAGAUCCUAGCAGGGCUUAAAGAACGAGAAGCCGUUAAGAAGUCGGGAUGGGGAAAAUCUCCUCCACCUACAGAUGAUCCUCUGGAUAAUCCUGUAGAACGUCCGGCCUGGAAAGGUGCGAGUGGAAGAACCGCGUUGGUCGAGCCAGUCAAGAACACUCCCAGUGCAAGAACAAAACCACUAUUACUCCUUCAGCGUAAAAAGCCAGAACGAAAUGUUGUCAGUCCCACUGUCGAGGAGGCGGAAGAGGGCUCCCAGUCUCCGAUGCAGGAUAUGCCAGCCGCUCAGUCUCCGCUCGCAACCAUAAGAACUGUUCCUUCUGCAGACUCACUCAAACCUGUUGCUCCUCUGAAAGGAAGAAAUACACCUCUUGUACUAUCACCAACCGAGCCCGAGAGUAAUCUGCGAGCUCUUGAAAGCCCUUUCCAGAGUCCCGGACCGGCUCCACAAGCUAUAUUUGAUGCUUUACCGAGUCCUGCACCGAGCGCCGCCACCGUCCUAGAAUACGGUGCUGAUAGUCCAACCCUUGGCUCGGUCGCUUCAUUCGACCCAAAUCGAGCGAAUUCUAGUCAAGAGUCUCUCGGCGAAAACACCAAAUCGAAGCCUCUACAGCGCGAAACGGAAACCGCCUCUAGUUGGAACACAUAUGCAACGAGUGAGGUGGGUGACUACCAGGCCGCCCCUCAGAGUCCAGUAUCGCGAGCUCAAUUCACCAGCAGUCCUGUACCAAUGAACGAAUCCUCCACGGUGCCACCACCAAUCAUGCUUCGCAAACGGGUCGCCGCAAACAACAGUGCGAGGAGCUACGAUGCCUACAAUGGGGUCUCUCCUUUUGGAAACAUCGGUGUACGGAAAUCUAGUUCUAGCAUACUUCGCAAGGCCGUUGGUGCGGAUAAGGUCCGAUCGGCCAGUAUGACGACAGGAGCCUCGAUAACGAAGUCCCUUCCGCCCACACCCGUUGAAGCAUCCGCUGGGGACAAAGUCUCAACGCUUGAGGCUCGAAUGGAAGACCUAGCCCGACGGAAGAGAAACACCAACAAGAUCAUUAAUGAACUACGUGGGUCGUUGAAGAAGUAUGCCAUUGUUUAUGAUGCACGGAAGCGGAAGGAAGUUGACAAGAUGAUCAUCAAUCUGGGCAUGGAACUGCAAGAAAUCACCAACGAAGAACACGAAACUGGAUUGAGGUUGCACCGGGUGCAAAAGCGCUUGGACAAGGAAGACUUCUACGAGCAACCUACGGGGUUAUGGAUCAAGAGAGUGACUACCUGA